AUGUCGGCCACAGCAAACCCAUUCAACCUCAAGAAACAACUCGCCUUCUAUGGCGCUUACCACACCAACCCGGUCAAUGUAGGGAUCCACAUCAUCGGUGUCCCUUCAAUCAUUUUCGCAACAUCAGCACUCCUGGCCAAACAAGGUUCAAUCUUGCCCUUGAUCCAAGAGCACUCCCCCCUUCUCGCCGCAUACCUCUCCCAACUCGGCUCCAUUCUCUCCUCGCUCCUCCCCUCCUCCAUCUUCCAAUAUGCACAGCUCAACCUUUCCGCACUCUUCAUGGGCAGCUACUGGCUCUAUUACUCGAUCCUUGACACCACCGCCGCCUUCAUGCUGGCUCCGAUUUGGUACGGCUUGUGGUACGGCUCGACUUUCCUCGCCCGAACCCGCCCGGAUGCAACCAAGAUUGCAAUCGGAAUCAAAGCGCUGGGAUGGAUCAGCCAGUUUUAUGGUCAUGGUGUACACGAGCGUAGGGCGCCUGCGUUGUUGGACAAUUUGUUGGGAGCGGUGGUGCUAGCGCCCUUUUUUGUGUUCUUGGAAGUAAUCUUUCAUUUUGGUUACAGACGGGAAUUGCAGAAGGAGCUGAAGAACGAGGUGGGCAUCUUGGUCACCAAGUUUAGGACCCAGAAGGGAAAGGCGAAACGAGGGAAGGCCAACUAA